AUGAGCUACCCUACCGCACACACUACUCAGAUUCAGAACUCUCGCCUGAGGGUUCUGAACAAGCUCAGAUCGGGCGAGUUCCCCUUGAUGACCUUCAUGGCCCUUCCCUCUGUUCGCAUGGCUCAGAUUGUCUCAUUGACCGGCGUCGACGGUAUCAUCAUCGACUGCGAGCAUGGCCACAUCGGAGACGAAGCGAUGCACAACUCCGUCGCAGCCAUUUCCACCCUCGGCGUCUCCCCCGUCAUUCGUAUCCGCGGACCCGCCCACGAUAUCCUCAAGCGCGCGCUCGACACUGGUGCCCACGGCAUCAUGGUUCCACAAAUCAACAACGCAGAUGAGGCGCGCCAGGUGGUUGCCUCAUCCAAGUUUCCCCCUCAGGGAUCCGCCAACGAGACAAUCGUGACCAUGAUCCAAAUAGAGACGCGUGCUGGUGUUGAGAAUGUUGAGGAGAUUGCUGCUGUGGAUGGUGUUGAUAUGAUCUUCAUUGGUCCUAACGACCUUGCCCAGUCACUUCUCGGAUACACUCCCGCCCGUGGUGAUGAGCCCGAGUUCGUUGCUGCGGUUGACAAGAUCAUCAACGCUGCCCGCAAGCAUGGCAAAUGGGCCGCUCGCAUGGUGAACAAUGGCACUACUGCAAAGGAGGCGCGGGAACGCUACGACACAGUCGCUAUUACUGGUGACACGAAGGCCAUUCAGAACUGGUAUAUGGCCGAGUUCGAUAUUGCUCGGUCAUAA